ACCCCGGCCCCGUGCCUCGCUCGGCGUCGGGACGGGGCUGCCAUUGGCUCCGGCGGGGAGCGCUGACCGCCAGCCGCCUCCAAACUAUUUCCUGUUGCUGCGGCGUUAAUGCUAAACAGACCUUUCUCUCUCUUCCCUCUCUCCAGCCAAAGUGCAGCGGGCUCCUGCCGCCGCUCGCCUUCCUGCCCCACUCCGGGGCCACCCGCCACCCCGAUGCCGAGCACGUGCCAUCCCGGGAGACGCUGAGCGGGGCCAGGCACGAGAUGGAGAGCCGCAGGCGGGAUAUGGAGCUGCUGAGCAACAGCAUGGCCGCAUACGCGCACAUCCGAGCCAACCCCGAGAGCUUCGGGCUCUACUUUGUGCUGGGUGUCUGCUUCGGGCUGGUGCUGACCCUGUGCCUGCUGGUGCUGCGCCUCUCCUGCCGGCCCUCCGUGCCCCCCCCACCCCGCCCGAGGGACUUCAGCGAGGACGAGGAGGAGGACGAGGAGGAGGACGAGGAAGAGGAGGACACCGUUGACCGUCCGGCAUCCGAGUCCCUGCUGCCGGUGACCGAGAUCCCGCUGGACAGCCACGGCCCUGGGGACGGGGCGCUGGCCGUCAACGUCUUCGCCUCGGCGGAGGAGCUGGAGCGGGCGCAGCGGCUGGAGGAGCGCGAGCGCAUCAUCCGCGAGAUCUGGCGCAACGGGCAGCCCGACAUCCUGGGCACCGGCACCCUCGGCCGUGUCCACUACUACUGAGUCCCGGCACGGGGGCAGAUGCCCUGGCACCGUGUCUGGCUCCCCGCCGCGGGUAGCUCAGCCGACACCGUGCCACCCCUGGGAGCUGCCUAGGACCCGGUCUGGGGACAGGAGGACGGUGGGGUGGGGGGGGCUGCUCACUGCCCCCGGGUUGGAGGAGCUGACCUGGAGCACCUCUGCACCGCUGCCAGCCGGACCCCAGCACCACGGGCAAACCCCCCCCCCAGGACCAGACUCGCCCCCGCCGCUGCGGGCUGUGACGCACUUUGAGCCAUUGGUACGACUGCUGGCACCGGCCGAGCAGCCCAGGGACUCUGCCGAGACAAGGACGAGGACAGGGCAGACCUUGCCGGUCUCGGCCAUGGGCGCUGGCCCCGUCGGCUUGGCGCUGGCACCGCAGGGAGGCCCAUCCCCGUGGGUCGCGGUCAGGCUGUACGUCCGUGUAAGCUAUGGGGUCCUGCCCCCCCCCCCCAAAACAUGGUGCUGUUAUACACUA